AUGGAGACGCACAGCGGACGCCUUCCUUCAUUGGCCAUCAGUAGUGGACGAGGCGACGCCGUUUUGAAACACGCGCAGAAAAUGGCGAAAGGCCCGCCGCUCCUCUUGUUCUUCUCUCUUCUCUUUCUGGGGAUAGUCGACACAAGUCGCCCCUCUUUCUCGGAUGGCCUCCGAGUUGUCGCGGCAGCCCCCCCACCGAACUCCACUGGCUCCGCCGCGACAGAGGGCCCUUCGUCGACCCCCAAUUCUUCAGAUGAAGCAGAAGAAGAAAGCGGAGAACGACCGAAACUCGAGGAGACAGAGCAACAGCCAAGACAUGCCCGCGAAGACAACGAAGAGGGGCGGCCGCGGCCGGAAGAGCCAGGGCAGCAAAUGCAGCGCCCAGACGAGGACGACGCUAAGGGCGGUGAACAGAUAGAUGGAAGCGGCGACAACAGGCACGAGAAGAAAGGCUGUCGUCUCCUAUCCGCUGCAGGGGCCUCGGCGGGAGAAGGAGGAGCGGAGCCGGCAGACUGUGAAGGGCCCGCGGCGAGCAACAACGAAAGAGACAGAAAAACUGAACAAGAACCCCAGGCAACCCCGAGACGUCUAGCCGCCGAAGCCACCACACGCUCGCGUUCGCAGCGUCGCCCACUCCCGGCGGCUGUGUCUUCCCGUUUUGUUUCCUUCCCGCCGCAGCGGCGCAAAACCCCCGAGCUGUAUACUGAGCACGGCUGCCGCGACACGUGGUACAAGGCACGGACCUACGAAGGCUGGGAGAUCCUUGACGAGUCAAAAUUCUGGUUCUUCUCGUACGACGACCCCACAGGCGGAUACGUCAACUAUGUCCCGCGAGAAGAAGCCAUUCAAAAAGGGCUCGUAGCGGUGACCGCUGACGGCAGGACUGUACUCAAAGUCGACGCGUGGAACUCGGUCGGGGCGUCGUCACGCGGCCGCGACUCCGUUCGGCUCUCUGCCGUCGAGGGCUUUGACGAUGCUCUGUGGGUCGUCAGUCUGAACCACGCGCCAGAGGGUUGUGGGACGUGGCCCGCCUUGUGGACAACGGGGGCAGAUCCGUGGCCGGCUAGCGGCGAGAUCGACCUCUACGAAGGGGUGAAUUUGAACCGUAAAAACCGUGUUUCUCUCCACACCUCUCAGGGCUGCAAUAUGUGGGGCAUCGACGAAACCAACUUUGCAGGGACCUGGGCGUAUAGCGGCGACGGCGUGGAGGCCCGUGAUUGCUACGUCCACGCAACGCCGUACAACACUGGUUGCUCCAUUGAGCCGAUUGAGGACGCGUUUGGGGAGGCGUUCAACGAGAAGGGGGGCGGCGUCUACGUGCUUGAGCUGAAGCGCGACCGGCACGUCCGCGCGUGGUAUUUCACACACCAGGAAGUCCCCACGGACCUGCGCGUCGGGUCGCCAGACCCCGACAGGUGGGCGGAGAAGGAAAAACUUCCUAUCGCGGCCUUUCCGCUGACCAAUCGCAACUGCCCGGGGCCAAAACACUUGUGGGGACACCGGCUGAUAAUCAAUACGACCUUUUGUGGCGGCUGGGCCGGUAACUUGUUUUCGAGGGCGGGCGGAUGCCCAGGCGAAGGCAUGGACGCCUGCCGCGCCUUCGUUCGCGACAACCCGAGCCAAUUCAAAAACGCCUUCUGGGAGUUCAACUACAUCCACGUCUACCUGCCUGGAGCCCCCACAUGUGUCACGACAACGACCACGACGACAACUUUUCCUGUCAGCACAGGGUGGCCGGUGUAUCCGCCACCUCAAACGUCCACGAGCACAUCGACGCUUCCGCCGACUGUGUCGCCCAGUCCGUGGCCCCCGCUGACAGACAGCCAGUGGUGGCAGGGCCUGUACUACUCCCUGGCGCUGCUGGCGGGGCACUCGGAGUCGACUCAGCCGCCCUGUCUCGAGGCUGACGUCGACUACCUGGGCCACGACCUCCACAAGUACGAAGAAUUCAUCUACACCGCCGAACAGUGCCGUCUCUUGUGUCUCCACACAACGGGGUGCUUCUACUUCUCCUUCGUUCAAAGCAGCGCUUCCUGCUACCUCAAAGACAUCCAAGCCCUUCUGAACCGCCGCACCGGUCAAAUGGGUAUCGUUUCCGGGCAAAAACGGUGCCAGUGA